AUGUCUACAUCUAAAACGAUACAUGAAUAUUUCGGACGAAAAGUGUCAGAUUGGGAUAUUGUAAGAUUCCUCGAUGAAUGUACCAAUAUAGAAUCUUAUAGACAAAAAAUAGAAUGCUACUUAUCAUCUCUCGAGUUGAUAGCCAAUACUGAGAAUGGUCAAAGGCGUAAAAAAGCGCUGGAACUUCAAAAACUCUACAGGGAGGCAAGUAUUAGACCACAAAAGCAGUGUUGGGACACAGGUGACCUUCGUGCUUGCCUGAUGUUUAAAAGUCCUCGAGUUAAAAGUCUUAGAGCCUACUGGCACUGCUAG